AUGCGUCUCCUGUCCUUCGCUCGCAGUCUCUACAAUAUCGACACCCUAGACACUCGUUUCACCAAUCCGUCAUUUGUUCCUUACCAGACUGUUAUCGAUGCGCGAACCGAUCCAGAACUAACGAAGGACUCUCUGGAUAAGUCACGAGCGCGAGGGCAUCCGUCGAAAUGGAAAACCCCCGAAUUCAAGAUGUACAUCUGCCUUAUCGCCUUUAUAAUCCCGUACAUGCUCUGGAUGGCAUACGAUGUGUCAAGGCCAUCUGAUCCACGAUAUGAUAGGUUCAGCAGAUAUCUGUCACCUGGUUGGAUCUUCGGCCGUAAGAUUGAUGCUUCCGACAACCAGUACUAUGUCUUCCGAAAGAAUCUCCCCUAUAUGUGCUCGCUGCUCCUCUUCCACCCGCUCUUGAGAAGGGUAUGGAACGCUGUAUACCCAACCAAGCGUAUACCCCAAACAUCCCAAAGCCGCCUCGACCAGCGUGCAUCCUUCGACUACGCCUUUGCAUUCAUAUUUUUGACAGCCCUGCAUGGAAGCUCCGCUCUGAAGGUCUUGUUCAUUCUGUACAUCAAUUACCAACUCGCAACAAAGCUUCCAAGGAGGUAUAUCCCUGCAGCUACUUGGACUUUCAACAUCUGCACCUUGUUCGCCAAUGAACUGUCGAAUGGAUAUCAAUUUCGGAAUAUAGCCAACUAUGUCUCGCCACCAGUAACGACUACGGUUGGAAACGGGAUAGAAACAGCUGACUCGAGGCUGAUGUGUUUUGGCCACUGGCUUGAUGGCUUUAAAGGAAUCUUGGCCCGGUGGGAAAUUCUUUUCAACAUCACCAUUCUACGGCUCAUCAGCUUUAACCUUGAUUACUACUGGAGUCUUGACCGAAGUAACUCCAGCUCCCUUGAGAAGCAGCUUGACCCCGCCAAUCUUUCCGAGAGAGAUCGUGUCUAUAUUCCAGCGGAUGUUAAAGACUUCUCCUUCCGUAACUAUGUCGGAUAUGUUAUUUAUGCGCCACUGUACUUGGCGGGCCCCAUUCUCACUUUUAAUGACUAUAUCUCGCAGCAAAGAUAUCGCCCCGCCACUAUCGAGACUUCACGCACUAUCCGAUACGCGAUCCGUUUGCUUCUGGUGUUUCUGGCAAUGGAAGUGAUGCUCCAUAUCAAUUAUAUUGGCGCAAUCGGCAAGGCCAACCCGGAUUGGGGCUCUUAUACUGCCGGCCAGCUGGGCCUCUUAUCCUUCCUCAACCUGCACAUUAUCUGGAUGAAGCUUUUACUCCCCUGGCGACUCUUCCGACUCUGGUCGCUCGUUGAUGGCAUCGACCCCCCCGAGAACAUGGUUCGAUGUGUCAACAAUAACUUUAGUACUCAGCUCUUUUGGCGCGCAUGGCACCGGUCGUAUAACCGGUGGCUGGUCCGGUAUAUCUUUGUACCCCUGGGAGGCGCCUCGUUCCGCAACUGGCGGGCUACGGUGCGGUCUAUUGUGACGUAUCUGGUUGCCUUCACUUUCGUGGCUUUAUGGCACGACAUCAAGAUGCGGCUCCUGAUCUGGGGAUGGCUGAUUGUCCUUUUUAUGAUACCGGAGUGGACUGCGAACCACCUCUUUCCCAAACGAAGGUGGGAGCAAUCGCCAAAUUAUUAUCGGAUGUUGUGCUGUAUGGCAAGCGUGGGGAAUAUCUUCAUGAUGGUUUCUGCUAACCUGGUUGGCUUUGCCCUCGGCUUGGACGGCUUUCUGAUUAUUUUACGGCAAAUCCUGCACGACUGGUCUGGUGUUAUUUUCCUCUUUGCAGCUAUUUCCAGCCUGUUUGUAACUGUGCAAAUUAUGUUUGAGGUUCGCAAUACAGAACGGCGCCAGGGAGUUGUAAUUAGAUGCUAA